AUGCCAGCAGUUAAUGCCCAAGUCCUCGAAACCGACUCGCGGUAUCUGUUUCGCCAGCCAGUCGCCCUACAGUGGUUUGAGAAUGGACGGCUUGUGAAAUGCAAGGAGGAGGAGCGAUCGGCCGGCCCGUUUGAGCUUUUCCUCGACCUGUUGUACGUCGCCAUAUUGGCCAAUUUCGCCGAGGCACUGGCGGAGGACAUCUCGGGUGUAUCUCUCGUAAAGUACUUGCUGAUCCUCGCCCCCUCAUGGCAGGUUUGGAGCGACCUCCGCGAACUGAUGAACUCGUUUUACAAUGACGAUCUACUGCAGAGAGUAUUGAUCCUCUGGAUUAUGGCUCUUAUGGUCGUCUACGGCAACAAUGCGCCAUUGGUGAAUGAAUCAAUUGGGGCAAUGCGCGCCACUGUGGCCUCCUAUAUGGUGGCCCGUGUGUCCUGUAACGCUGCGCAUCUAUUCUAUUCGUUUUCCAGUUACCACCAUCGUCCCCAACAGCGGUUGUGGGUUGCGCUCUCAUCAUUAUCCCUCUGUAUUUAUAUUCCACUCUACUUUGACACGGUCUCAAUCCGCUCUAAAAUUGCCGUUGCGACCGUGGCUAUUGUGGUUGAACAAGCACUUUGGAUUUUCUGCUUCUCGCCAGCAGCGAAGAAGCUCCUGAAGGCCAAGUAUACCACUGCUGUCGAUAUUCCCCAUGAGGUGGAUCGUUUCGCCGCAUUUUACAUCAUUGUACUGGGUGAAUACCUUUACCAAAUUGUGGUUGGCUCGCCUGCCGCUAUGGGGUUGAAUCUGGGCCUGCUCCACGCGGUGUGGACCUUGAUCAUUGCCUUUUGCCUGAACUGGAUGUACGUCCACAAAGAUGGUGGCUUACACAGUACCCAUCCGCUGCGAUAUUCGGUUUCCACUGCGUUUGCAUGGGCAUUCCUUCACCUCCCAUUAUGUGCUAGCCUUCUAGCCAGUGGUCAUGUAGCCGCCACCAGCACCGCCGAAGAUCGCUUCGAGGACCCCGAGCGCUGGCUGCUAUGUGGAAGUCUAGGAGCAGGCAUGUUUUGCCUAUAUGCCCUGGCGAGCCUGUUCGAGUGUAAUGAUCAGCCGUGUACCUUGAUUUUGGGUAAACAUUCACGAAUCAUCAUGCGACCCAUUGUAGGCGUCAUUCUUGUUCUUCUGGGGCUCGCUAACAAGCUGGACAUCACCUCUGUUUUGUCCAUCGUCAUGGCCCUGGUGGUAUUUUGCCUGAUUUGGGAAAAUGUCACCUCUCUGCGCCGGGAUGCGCAGCUGUGGGAGCCAUGGGAGAAUACCAAGUAUCCUGAGGAGAGGGACCAUAUUGAUGACUUGAAUAAUAUAAUUAUAUAA